CUUUAUUAAUGAUUAAUAAGUCUAUUGAUUAGCUGUGUUUUGGGGAUUAAGGCCACUGUUCGGAUAAGAGCUCAGUAUUCGCGUGUAGGUGGUUGUUUUUUAUUCAGAAUUAUCUGCUCUCUGACUUUUUCUCUGGGUUUUUCUAAGUCUUGCUGAACUUUGAGAGGAAUUUUUGUUUUUCUUUUCUCUUUUUUUCAAUUUCUGGCAGAUUUGAAGUUUUAUAUAUAACAUCCAAGCUCACCACAGAGGCAGGACUACAGAGUAGAGAUUCAGAUUUUCAUCACGUAUUAUGAGUUUUCUCUUCCAGUGUAACAAACAAUGAAACUGUUCCUGCACUGUGUUCUUCUGACUGCUGCUGUGGCCACUGGGUACCGGAGUCCUCUGAAUAACUUCCAGCGCAUGGAGGGCAGAGAACUUGUUCCGACCUCCUGGAACUCAGCUCGAGUGCAAAUGUUUCCAGAUCUGAACCUGGAAGACUGUGCCACUCGCUGCUCACAGUCACUGGACUGCAGAGCUUUCAACUAUGAGACUCGACCGACCGUCACCUGUAAACACCUGCCCUGGGUCGGCGACGGAAACAAUGCUGAAGUAAAGAGAAACGUCAACUGUGACCUUUAUGAGAAGAAAGUCUACGUGAGACAGUGUAUCGUGGGUAAAGGGGAAGAUUACAGAGGGAAAGUCUUUACCACAAAAAGUGGCCUCACCUGCCAACAGUGGUGGUCCAAGUUCCCUCACGAUCACAGAUGGACUCCCACAGCUACUAAUGGUCUGGAGCUGAACUACUGCCGGAAUCCAGAUGGAGAUCGUAUCGGCCCGUGGUGCUACACCACCGACCCAGAGCGACGCUACGAGAGCUGCAACAUCCCACAGUGCAAAGAUGAGGUGUGUAUUACAUGUAAUGGAGAGGACUACCGGGGUCAGGUUGAUCACACUGUGAGUGGCCGAGAGUGUCAGAGAUGGGACCAGCAGCACCCUCACCAACACAUCUACCAACCUGAAAAGUAUCCUGAUAAAAGUUUAGAUGAUAACUACUGCCGUAACCCUGACGCAUCUCCGGUGCCUUGGUGUUACACCACAGACCCUGAGGUGGAGAGAGAGAACUGCGAAAUCAGGAAAUGCACUGAAGUUCGUGUAGAGAAGCGGCAGCGCUCCAGCUUCACCACAAACUGCUUUCGUGGUCGUGGGGAGGAUUACCGUGGUAAAGUCAAUGAAACAACAUCAGGUAUAGCCUGCCAGCGGUGGGAUGCCCAGUACCCUCAUGAACACCCUUUUUACCCAAACACAUAUGAGUGCAAAGGUUUGGAGGAGAAUUACUGCCGUAACCCAGAUGGUUCAGAGGCUCCCUGGUGCUUCACAUCUGUGCCAGAGAUGAGGACCGCUCUCUGCUUGCAGAUCAAACGCUGUGCAGACGACAUAGAAGCUGAGGAUUGCUACCAAGAAAAUGGAAAAAACUACAGAGGCAUUGUCCGCAAAACACGUAAAGGCAUCACCUGCCAGAAAUGGAACGUUAACACGCCUCACCAAACCAAGAUAAACCCACGGACACACCCUGAGGCCAAUUUGACUGAGAACUAUUGUCGUAAUCCGGAUGGAGAUCAGCACGGACCCUGGUGCUACACCACAGACCCCAAAACCGAGUUUGACUACUGUGCCAUCAAACAGUGUGCUGGAGAGAAAGUGUCCCUGACAGAACCCGUAGAAAAGGUGGAGUUCAGUGAGUGUGGAAAGAGAGAUGACCGCAUUCCGGUGUCUAGGUUGCGUAUCGUGAACGGGAUGCCUGGGAACUCGCCAUGGACAGUGAGCCUCAGAGACAGAAAAGGAAACCACUUCUGUGGAGGAUCUCUGGUGAAUCCCAGAUGGGUGAUCAGCACCAAACAGUGUUUCUCCUCUUGCUAUGUGGACCUGCCCGGGUACUCUGCAAUGAUGGGAACACUUUUUCGUGAUCCAAAAGAUGAUGAGCCCACUGUGCAAGUGAUCCCUCUCACCAAGAUUGUCUGCGGACCAUCUGAGUCUCAACUGGUCAUGCUGCAGCUGGAAUACCCUGCCCAGGUCAACAGUCGUGUCUCCCAGAUUUGCCUCCCACCUGAGCGCUACACAGUGCCAGAAAGGACUAUGUGUGAAAUUGCAGGAUGGGGUGAAACGCGAGGUACUGGGGAUGAGAAUGUCCUCAAUGUGGCACAUAUACCAGUCAUCAGUAACACAGAAUGCAACAAAUACUUUAGAGGUCGGGUUCGUGAAAAUGAGAUGUGCACAAACUCUUUCCAGGGUGGAGUAGGUGCCUGUGAGAGAGACUACGGCGGCCCUCUGGCGUGUCAGAACGGGGACUGCUGGGUACUUGAGGGUGUGAUCAUCCCCAUGAGGCGCUGCGGACACCCAGGGCAGCCCAACAUUUUCAUCCGUGUGUCUGUGUAUGUGGACUGGAUCAAGAAGGUCAUGGAAAUGGCUUAGUGAUAGAUACUGCCAUCCAAAACAGAACUGAUAAAAUCCAUAUAAAAAAAAAAAACUUGGAAGACAUGCACAUACUUUUUUCUUAUGUAUCUCUUUGGUAUUAAAAGCUGUUAAA